GAGUGUCAAGGGUGUCAAGGGGUUCAAGAGAAUACCUCAGAAAAAGUAAUAUGCAUUCUUCGAGUAGAAGAUGUCUUUGACAACUCCGCGGAAGAUUCAAUAUUCUACCAUUUAUCCAAUUGAAUGCAGCCAAAUAUCGUUCCUUUUAAAUGUUCAGUGUGUGAUUAAUCUUACAAUAUCACCUAACCCCGAUACUUUGUCAGAUUUUAGUCCGACAAACAUCUCCGAAACCCCAUGAAGUCACAUUAUCUCCUGCAAAUAUUGCGCAGAGACGCGCCUAAUUAUCCAACCCUUGGGAAUGUACCUUGAAAGAGUACUUCCAAGACUUCAUCUGACCCUAUCAAUACCAGCAAGAAUCGCGAAAUUCUUCGGGUUAUUGAGCAGUUAUGGCCGAUCCAAUUCAUUCAUACUCCUUUUGCUUUCAAAUCUGGCACGGAACCAUACCGUUCGGUAUUGUACAUUUCAAACAGGCUGGAAGCACCCUUGCCAUGUCACCGUCUACUUAUAUAGUGGUAUAAGUCUUUCGUACUCCCAUGUUUCAUAGUCUUCAUUACCCUUGAUCUUCUCAAGUUUGUCUACGCCUUUCAUCUUCAUACAUCGUGAAAGCUGUGACUUUACAAUGUCGUCAACUACAGCACCAGCUGUUCCCCCCACAAUAGCCUCUUCAGCCCCAUCCAUAGAUGACAAGCCCCAAAGACUUGAACGAUCAGAAGAUGCCUUUACAACAGAUUCAGAGAAAGGCCCAGCAACUACUAGUCCACCACCUGAGCCAGAACAAGUGAGAACAGUUACUGGCUGGAAAUGGAUCGUCAUUUGUGUUGGAUUCUACGUCGCUACUUUCUUAUACGGCUUGGACAACACUAUCGCUGCUGAUAUUCAAUCUGCUGUCCUUGGAACCUACGGUGAUAUUUCAAAGCUGUCUUGGUUGGGUACUGGUUUCCCAUUGGGUUCCAUUGCUACGAUUCUUACUAUUGGUAAAGCAUAUGGCACUUUCAAUGUCAAGUGGACCCAUGUCGUUUCAGUCGUUAUUUUCAUCGUCGGUAGUGCUGUGUGCGGUGCGGCGCCUAACAUGAAUGCACUCAUUGUUGGAAGGGUCAUUGCCGGUAUAGGAGGUGCUGGAAUGUAUCUCGGAACCUUAAACUUGGUCGCCAUCAAUACUACCAUUACAGAACGUCCUCUCUAUCUAGGAGGUGUGGGUAUCACCUGGGGUAUCGGAACUAUUCUUGGUCCUGUCAUUGGAGGAGCCUUCGCAGAUUCAGGAGCAACCUGGAGAUGGGCCUUCUAUAUCAACUUAGUCAUCUUCGCUAUUGCCGUACCAGCUCUCCUUUUGAUCCCAUCAUUCGACCCACAGCCCGAUCUAGACGUCCUUCACAAAGUUAAGCACGUUGAUUGGAUUGGAGCUUUGUUGAAUGCCGGUCUCUUUACCUCAUUCGUCAUCGCUCUUACCUUCGGUGGCGCCAACUGGCCUUGGAACGAUGGACGCACUAUUGCCACAUUCGUCUCCUGCGGUGUUAUCUUCAUCCUUUUCGCAGUCCAGCAACAAUUCUGCGUUUUCACCACACCUGAAGAUCGAUUGUUCCCAGUACAAUUCCUCAAAUCACGAACCAUGAUUCUCCUAUUCAUCUGUACCGCAGCAGCAGGAACAGCACUCUUCGUGCCAAUCUUCUACAUCCCCCUCUUCUUCCAAUUCUCCAAAGGAGAUGAUGGUAUUCAAGCCGCUGUCAGACUCAUGCCAUUUAUUGUCCUUUACAUUGUAGUCGUCAUGUCACAAGGAAUACUCAUGCCGAAGAUUGGCUAUUACUGGCCCUUCUUCGUCCUUUGGGGUAUGUUUGCUCUCGCUGGAGGUGCCGCAAUGACUACAGUCACCACCUCUACAAACGCAGGUUCUAUCUAUGGCUGGAGUAUUCUCAUCGCCAUCGGCUGCGGUAUGAUCACUCAAGCUUCCUACAGUAUCGCCCCAGCUAUCCUCGGCCGUGAUGGUCGUGGCCAAGAAGUCCCUGCAUCCAUUGGAUACAUCAACGUAGCUCAAAUCGGCGGUGUCGUCAUCGGUCUCGCAGUCUCCGGUACAGUUUUCCAGAGCACAGCAUUUAAAAAUGUCAACAACGCGUUUGCGGGCGAAGGCUUCUCAGCAGACCAAAUCAGAAGCGCAAUUGCCGGAUCCCAAAGUGCGCUAUUCCAAAGCGUGUCUCAAGAACUGAGAGACAAAGCCAUUGAGGGAAUCGUACAAGCAAUCGACAAAACUUACUACCUGGUUGUAGCUGGUGCGGCAUUGACAUUACUAUUGAGUUUCUUGUUGAAGAGGGAGAAGUUGUUCAUGGAGAUGGCUGUAGGUGGAUAAAUGAUACGAUACGAUGCGACGGAACUUGACGAGAUGGCGAAUGAAUUGUGCAAAGGGGGAUGGGAUAUGCGAAUGGACAUACAUUCGAACGGACUACAUUGCAUUGCUUGUCGUUGUGAGGAUCAACCUAAUACCACAAGCUCUUAGGGCUGGCGUUUUAAAAUACAUAUGGGGAAUGGGAUUCAUGCGUGCAUUUUUAGGAUAGAUUAAGACGAGACGUAAUUAAGAAUUUAUAGAAGUCGUUGUCUGCACAUC